AUGUCUCUCAGCUACUCCUUCGGUAGGAGCGGCCUUCCUCCACCACCCGCAGACUUCUACGGGCAGGUCUCACAGAAACCCAAUAGAAAGAGACGUCGACUAAAAUGCACAAUGUAUUUGUUGGAACUUUCAUUUUACCCGACUGUCAUUACAACUGAGGGCUUUGUUGUUGCAGGAUCCGCUUGUAUAUACACCAUGUACUUCAAUCCUGCUAAAGAAAGGCGGAUAGGGUCCAAGCUGGAACCUGGGAAAAUUCUGAGGAAAACCCACAAGAGUUGGGAGCAGUUAAGACGGCACGAUCCUGAUGCUGAGAUUUCAGAGGUGGUUACAGAGCAUCUCUUCGUGAGCAACAGUAGUGUGCUUUGCGGUGUUUCUCUCGAGGAGCUGGAAGAAAUCUUUUUUCCAUUUGAUGCCAAUGCUUCCUUUACUGUGUUCCCAAACAAACGUUCUUAUUCGUUUGUUAGUUUCUCAUCAAAAGAAAAAGCUCAAGCUGCACGAGAGAACCUUCAUGGUACUAUCCCGUCGCAACUUAAAGUAUCACACCAACCAUUUCUGAUUUCCUAUGUGAAACAGCUGCCCAGGAACAAAUCUGUUGGCAACCUCCUGUACCCAGAGGACCUCGUUCUGUUAGAAGAUUACAUCACAGAGGAUGAAGAAAAAGCACUUCUUGAGAUAAUCUUCGACAGUGAGAAAGUCAAAUCUCUGAAACAUCGAACUGUUGUACACUACGGCUAUGAAUUCGAUUAUAAUAAAAAUAUGGCUUUAAAACCGACAACACCUAUUCCUGAUGGAAUUCAUCUGCUUGCUGAUAGAAUGUUCAGCGAUUCACUCAUCGCAUUUAUACCUGAUCAGGUGACAGUGAAUGUCUACGAACCAGGACAAGGGAUUCCGUCGCAUUAUGAUACUCAUUCAGCGUUUGAAGAUCCUAUUAUAUGCGUGAGCAUGUGCUCUGACGUAGUCAUGGAAUUCAAAGAUGGUGCGAAUUCGGCCCGAAUAGCUCCCAUUUUAUUGAAAAGACUGUCGCUAUGUUUAAUAAAAGGGGAGGCACGUUAUCGCUGGAAACAUGGAAUCGUGAACCGAAAAUACGACAUCAACCCAGUAACUAGUCGCGUAGUGCCUCGUCGACUUCGCGUUUCAUUAACUUUGCGCAAAACUCGUCAGCAGCCAUGUCAGUGUAAGUACAAGGAGUUCUGUGAUUGGGAUAGAGAAGGAGAGAUGGCUGUUCCCUCUAACGACAAAUCAGCUUUGCUGAUCGAGAGCCAAUACGUUAAUGGAGUAUAUGAAAAUAUUGCGUCUCAUUUCGAUGAGACAAGAUUCUCCAGUUGGUCAGGUGUGAAGAAGUUCAUGAAUUCUCUAGCUCCGUAUUCUGUUUUGUACGAUGUUGGGUGUGGCAACGGGAAAUAUCUACUCCCUAACGAUAACUUGCUCAAAUUAGGAUGCGACAGGAGUCAAAUGUUAUGCGAAAUAGUUCAAAGUAAAGGUUGUAUGGUGGUACACGCUGAUGCGUUAUCCUUACCUUUUCGAGAAGCUGCAGAUGCUGUAUUAUCCAUAGCUGUAUUGCAUCAUAUUGCAUCACUGCCGCGACGUCAAAAGAUGAUAAGCGAAAUCCUUAGGGUUCUCAGACCUGGUGGCAUGGCAUGCAUCACUGUGUGGUCUAUGGAUCAAAGUGACUCGGAAUAUGCGAAGAUGAGAGACAAGAAAGACUCUAUUAUCGAUGAAGUCAAAAACCCAAGCCGUCUAAAAGUUCAUGAUGGGAAAGAAUUCGUACAACAGGAUCUCCUUGUUCCAUGGAGCAUCGAUAAAACAGGAGAAGUUUUCAUGAGAUACUAUCAUGUGUUUGGAGAAGGAGAGAUGGAACAGCUCCUCCGAUCUGUUGGUGGCUGUAGCAUAAACAGCAUUGAAAAAGAACAGGGUAACUACAUAGCUAUAAUCACAAAACUAUGA